AUGGUUGCUGGAAGGAAUGAUGAUGCGCUUGUGGCGGCAUUGACCCUGUUGGCUGGUGCCAUUCUGCAAAUGAAUGCUGGUGACCAGGAGCGUGAUGCUGAUGAGUUACGUGCUUUGGGGAAGUUCCAUAGGAACAAUCCACUUACUUUUGAAGGAGCUCAUGAACCUGACAAAGCUCAAGAGUGGUUGAAGGCGAUUGAGAAAAUCUUUCGAGUUAUGAGCUGUUCAGAUGCGCAGAAGGUGCAGUUUUGCACUCAUAUGGAAGCUGAGGAUUGGUGGCACAACAUUGUUCAGAGAUUUGAUGAGGAUGGCAUUGAAGUAACUUGGUCACUUUUCCGUGAUGCUUUUCUGGAGAAGUAUUUUCCAGAAGAUGUUCGUGGAAAGAAGGAAAUUUAA